AUGUCGCGCACUACAAAUAUGACUUUCAGGCUGCUUUAUGUGGAAAAUCUGGCCCAUUCGACCGACGGGCAGCUGCUCCAGGAGGACGGCAGGGCCCGGGAGCUGCGGCUCGCCAGCACCAGCUUCGCGCUCACCGGCGACUCCGCGCACAACCAGGCCAUGGUGCACUGGUCCGGCCACAACAGCAGCGUGAUUCUCAUUCUGACGAAGCUCUAUGACUUCAACUUGGGGAGUGUUACCGAAAGCUCACUUUGGAGGUCAACGGACUACGGCACGACCUACGAGAAGCUAAAUGACAAAGUGGGUUUGAAAACUGUGCUCAGCUAUCUUUAUGUCAGUCCAACUAACAAGAGGAAGAUAAUGCUCCUGAGUGACCCAGAGAUUGAGAGCAGCAUAUUGAUCAGCUCUGAUGAAGGGGCCACCUACCAGAAGUACAGGUUGAAUUUCUACAUCCAGAGCCUGCUCUUCCAUCCCAAGCAGGAGGACUGGGUCCUGGCCUACAGUCUCGAUCAAAAGCUGUACAGCUCUAUGGAUUUUGGGAGAAGAUGGCAGCUAAUGCAUGAGAGGAUCACACCAAACAGGUUUUACUGGUCCGUAGCGGGUUUGGAUAAGGAGCCUGACCUGGUGCACAUGGAAGCCCGGACAGCUGAUGGACAUGCCCACUACAUAACCUGCCGGAUCCAGGAGUGCUCGGAGACAACCAGGAGCGGGCCAUUUUUGCGCUCCAUCGACACCAGCUCGCUGGUUGUCCAGGACGAGUACAUCUUCAUUCAGGUGACUGCUGGUGGAAGAGCUAAUUACUACGUAUCGUACAAGCGGGAGCCGUUUGCUCAGAUUAAACUGCCCAAAUACUCGUUNCCAAAGGACAUGCAUAUCAUCAGCACAGAUGAGAAUCAGGUAUUUGCAGCCGUGCAAGAGUGGAACCAGAACGAUACCUACAACCUUUACAUCUCCGACAUCCGAGGGGUCUACUUUACCUUGGCUUUGGAGAAUGUGAAGAGCAGCCGAGGGUUGGAAGGGAAUAUCAUCAUUGACCUUUAUGAGGUAGCAGGGAUCAAAGGUGUAUUCCUGGCGAACAAGAAAAUAGAGGACCAAAUAAAGACUUUCAUCACCUACAACAAGGGCAGAGACUGGCGGUUGGUGCAGGCUCCGGACACUGAUCUCCGAGGGGACCCGGUGCAAUGCCAGAUGCCCUUCUGUUCCUUGCACCUGCAUUUGCAAAUCUCAGAGAAUCCAUAUACUUCAGGAAGUAUUUCCAGCAAGGAAACUGCUCCAGGGCUAUUGGUAGCGACAGGGAACAUCGGCUCCGAACUGUCAUAUGCUGAUAUCGGCAUGUUUGUCUCUUCUGAUGGAGGGAACUCAUGGAGACAGAUCUUCGAGGAAGAAUACAAUGUGUGGUAUCUUGACUGGGGCGGGGCGCUUGUGGCCAUGAAGCACACUUCAAUGCCCAUCCGGCACUUGUGGGUGAGUUUCGAUGAAGGGAGAUCCUGGAGUAAGUACAGCUUCACGUCAACGCCACUUUUUGUGGAUGGGUCCCUGGUGGAUCCCGGCAUAGAGACACAGAUAAUGACAAUUUUUGGGCACUUCAGUCUCCGUUCAGAGUGGCAGCUGGUCAAAGUGGACUACAAAUCCAUCUUCAGCAGGCGAUGCAACAAGGAUGACUACCAGACCUGGCACCUGCACAACCAGGGGGAGCCUUGUGUCAUGGGAGAGAGGAAGAUCUAUAAGAAGCGCAAGCCCGGGGCGCAGUGUGCAUUGGGGAGAGACUACUCCAGGACCGUCGUCUCCGAACCCUGCGUCUGCGCCGAUGGGGACUUCGAGUGUGACUAUGGCUAUGAAAGACACAGUAACAACCAGUGUGUCCCAGCCUUCUGGUUCAAUCCAUCCUCCCUGUCCAAGGACUGUAGCUUCGGCCAGAGCUACCUGAACAGCACCGGGUAUCGGAGGAUCGUGUCUAACAACUGCGUGGAUGGGCUCCGGGAGAAGUACAUGGCCAAGGCUGAAAAGUGCCCUGGGAAGGCUCCACGUGGACUACACAUUCUCACCACCGACGGCAAGCUCGUUACAGAGCAAGGGCACAACGCCACCUUCAUCAUCCUCAUGGACGAGGGUGAUCUGCAAAGGACAAAUAUUCAGCUAGAUUUUGGAGAUGGCAUCGCUGUGUCCUAUGCAAACUUCAGCCCGAUAGAAGAUGGCAUCAGGCAUGUUUAUAAGAGUGCUGGGAUCUUCCAGGUGACGGCAUAUGCAGAAAACAGCCUGGGCUCUGACACUGCUGUCCUCUUCCUACAUGUGGUCUGUCCACUGGAACAUGUCCAUCUCAGCGUCCCCUUUGUCGCCAUCAGGAAUAAGGAAGUCAACAUUACUGCCGUGGUGUGGCCAAGUCAGUCCGGCACGCUCACCUACUUCUGGUGGUUUGGUAACAGCACGAAGCCCGUUAUCAGCCUGGAGAGCAGCAUCUCCUACACGUUUGCCGCCGAGGGGAUGAACACCAUCACGGUCCAGGUCGCUGCGGGGAGCACCCUCAUCCAGGACACCAAGGAGAUCGCAGUACACGAAUAUUUCCAAUCUCAGCUCCUGUCGUUUUCCCCUAAUCUGGAUUACCACAACCCCGACAUCCCCGAGUGGAGACAAGACAUUGGCAGGGUCAUCAAGGGAGCUCUUCUGCAGGUGACUGGGAUCCCCGAUGAGCAGAUUUUGGUAGCGGUAUUUCCUGGACUUCCCACUUCCGCUGAGCUCUUCAUACUACCCCACAAAAACACAACAGAGAGGAGGAAAGGCAAUGAAGGCGAUCUGGAGCAGAUAGUUGAAAUCCUCUUUAAUGCUCUCAACCAGAACCUGGUCCAGUUUGAGCUGAAGCCCGGGGUCGAAGUGGUCGUGUAUGUCACACAGUUAACAUUAGCACCCCUCGUGGACUCCAGCACUGGGCACAGCAGCUCGGCCAUGCUGAUGUUGUUAUCCGUCGUCUUUGUCGGCUUGGCUGUUUUUUUAAUCUACAAAUUUAAAAGGAAAAUCCCGUGGAUUAACAUCUAUGCCCAGGUCCAGCAUGACAAAGAACAGGAAAUGAUCGGGUCCGUCAGCCAAAGCGAAAACCCCCCCAAAAUCACUCUGGGUGAAUUCACUGACCCCGAAGAGCUAAUGGACAAAGAGCUGGACACGCGGGUUUUAGGAAGCAUCUCGACAAUUGCUAACAGCGAAAGCACAAAGGAAAUCCCCAACUGCACUAGCGUUUAAUACUGCGGAUCCACUUGGUCUACAGCAUUUCUGACUUUUUAUUUGUAAUUAUUAUUAUUGUUAUAAUUAUUAUUAUUGAAAAAAAAUUAUAUGUCAUUAUUAUUUGGGAGGGAGGCGGGGGACGGGUCUUUUGUUUACCAGGGCCACAUUCAUAAACGGAAGGGGACACUUAGUGCUGGGGAAACUCCCACUGGUUAAAAAUAAAAGGCUAAGGGAUUCGAAUGCCCAGUUCACAUUCAGGUGAAUGGGAAUCAGGUACCUAAAUCUCUUAGGCAGAUUGGAAAUCCUUACCCUAAGUGUUACAGGGAAACAGUCCAACUCCGUACUCAGUGGCAAAGCAGCCGCCUUGUCCUACCAGUGUCAGGCUGAGACGCCGGAUCCGAUGCUGCAGCACGCUGAGCCCCCUCCCUCUCAUCUCACUGGUGUGGGCAGGAUUAGAUCCGCCACUGUUCACCUCUGCCGUCUUUUAAACGAUGGGCUAAAAAGAAACCCAAAAAGCAAGAUCAGAUGGUGAGCAGGAGGGAGGCACGUCUAGGUUUAUGAAUGAGGCCCUCCCCCCCUGUGCAUGUUAAUAGCAAGGAUGCAGACGACCUACUGUAGAUAAUGACAAUGUACAUAGCUUUUUAUUUCUUGGGAAAUAAUUUAAUGUUUAGUAAAAGAAAAGUUUAACGAAAAAGAAUGACAAACCACACCCCCCCCCACACGUGCACACCCACACACGUGCAAACCAACCAAGGACCCACAGCGAGCUCUUGUGCGACACGUGGGUUCACAAUGUGUUUCAAUUGUCUGCCAGGCUUCCAGCUCUGCAUAUAAAUGACAUGAUGGUUUUUCUUUUUUCCUUCACUGGAAGACAUGUGUUGUAAUUUUUGAAGAGGGGGAGCAAUGUUAGGAGGGUGUGAGGUUUUUCACCGUGAUUUUUCUCACCUUUCCAUCCACAUCACGAAAGCAAAACCGCCAUCCUCCGUCAUCCAGUAGUGACUCUCAUGAGAAACUGUCAUAGAGAUGAAGAGAAAGGAGCGUCAACGUACUUGGAGUUCAUCCUGGGUUUGAAUAAGGUGUCAAAAGCCAGCCUAAGUCCUGGGCCGUCUUGUAACAGCGGGCCAAAUUCUGAUUCCUCACACUCCCUCUUCCAUAAGUAACAUCACCGAAGUUACACGCAUGGAGUAAAGUGCCCUUCAGCAGGAGGAAGAGCAUGAGAAGCUGGCCAUCCUGUUGAGGCAUGUCAUUAGGGGACUGCUCCUGAGACUAAGGGCUUCAGGAUUAAGGCUGUCUGGAAACCACAUCAGAAAUCUGGCCAAACCUCUUGACCUUCAAUAUUAGGACACCCUUGUUACACAGAGUCCAGCACAUCUGCUAGCCCCGCAGUCUGUAAAAGCCACAACGACCCCUCCUCAUGAGUGGUGCAUCCUGCUAAGAUGAUGGGAACAUUAAAAAAAAAACCCAGGUGGUUGUAAGGUGGAAACAUCUCAGAGGAUUUCAGGGCCUUCUGGUGUGUUCAGUCAAGGUUGAGGAUCAUCACCCACACAGCGUAAUGAGGAGCAGGUGGGAGCAACAGGUUAUUUGCACCCAUCCAUACUGAAGUUGAGAUGCUGAAACUGGGCUUGAUUCUGCAAGGUACUGAACGGGAGGUCAACUGGGACCGGGAGGUCCUGAGCCCCUUUCAGGAGUUGCUGUGCUCUUGCCUGGUGACGGAAAGCCAAGAGGGGCUCUCCUCCUAAGGCAUGGGUCCAGAUAUGAGCAUCCCCAAAGGUCUGUACACUUAAAGGCAGGGAUCCAGUUCAUCUGCCAUGUAUUAGAAGAAGGAUGAUAAACAGCAUAGGCUUUUUUUUAAAGGAAACUGGAGGCGUUAUUAGCAACCUGCCCAAGACUCAAAGUGCCUCUCUAUCUGUUACAGACUGGCCACCACCAUAACUUGGGCUCUGCUAAUGAGGUGAGAAGUCAUUGACACCUGGGUUCAUUUUGUAGGGAGCAAGACCAAAUCCAAUUUUCUCUGUAGAAAAGAUGGAGCAAUUAGUUUAAACAGUCAAACAAAUGGUUACAAAGCCAAAAUCUAGGAAAAUGUUGUUUGUGUGAGACACUAAAGCAAAGCAAGCUCAGCUCCAUGCAUCUCAGUGCUUUCUGAUCCUGCUCUUAAAGCACCCAACAUCCUUCUCAUUGGUUUAAAAAUAAUUCCUUUAGGUUUAAAAAUAACCCCCUUCCCGCACUUCCUCUUCUGCGCUCGUCCCGGAUGCAAGCUGGAGAUGGAUAGCUGUGUUUUCCUCCCUGACCUUGCAUUUCCAUCCAUCACGGGUGCAUACGCCGGUUCUCUCACUGUAUCCUUUAUACUGAAACACCAGCGUAUUUUACUGUAAUGGCCCAAUCUGCUGAUAACAGAGUUACUGCAGGGCUACGGCAUCCCUUCUUGGUGUGUGGGAGGUUUGUUCAUAAAAGGUGUUCCUGCCGGCGUGGAGCUGAACGGAGGUUUGCUCCAAAUUCUCCUUAAGAGGCAUUUUGCUGUAGUAAGGGUUUGAGGGGCUGCUUCUGUGAGCUGCUAGACAGAGCGGGUUGAGAAGUAGCCUACCCCCACAUCAGUAAGCAAUUCAUUCAGUUUGCUGUGGAUUAUUCCCCCUGCCCCCCAUACACAAACCAUUGAUGUUUUGCCAGGUUUUUCACCGAAAUUGCUUUAUGUUCUCAUCCAUUCCAGUCAAACCAACAUCAGUUUUUCACUUUCAGGGCCCUGUGCCCUGUUCUCUACCUUACUUCCCCCUGGUAUCUUGUAGGGUUGGGAAGGGUAGGGCAGAAGGGAAAAGAUCUGCCAGUCAACAAAGCAAGUAUCUUUUUAGCAGAGAGAUGCCUCAUUGCAGUGAAAAAAACAGCAAUAUUUCAAACCAGGCAGGUGUCUGUCACUAGAAAACACUGAGUCGUUUAAUAAGCUAUUUCUUUUGGUUUAGAAAUACAGAUGGAAACAUUUUGGCAGGUGCUUCUGCUGAACAAACCUCAUCUUUCAUUGCCCCAUUAGUCACACUGGGUCUAAUUUCAAAGCCCACUGAAGUCCACAGGGGUUUCUCAGCGAGCUUUGGAUCAUGCCUGGAGGUGUCUCACCACAUUGGGUCCUAAGUACAGAUGGAAGGAUUUGGCCUUUUCCCUGUUAAGUACAUUGAUGGGGAAGAGCACAGAGGUGUCUGACCCCAUCUUAUGUACCGUGGUCUUGUAAAUUCAUGGAGAGUCAAAGGUUGGGCCCUUUGUUUCAAAAAUGCAUGACCCAUGCACUUUGUAGGCAAAUAAAGGAAAAUAAUAGGUAAUUUUUUUGUCUUCCCCUUUCCCUUAACGGUGUGAUUCCCUUGUGACGGACACUGCUGUGGCAAAGAGAAAGAAAUGAACACCAUUAUAUUAGUCGUAGUAUAAAAUCAUAGAAAAGAGGGCUGGCAAAGACCUCAGGCGGCCAUCUAGUCCAUCCUCAUGCCCCCAAGGAAGGAUCAAUUGUAGCUACACCUAUAGAAAUAAUACAGAAGAUUACGGGCCCUGCUGCAUUCCCUGUGGCCCAUUGUGACCAUAUUUUGGGCAUAUACAGCAAGACUAUGGUUUCCCUUAUGUGGUCACCAGCUCUGUAUCACCCCUCCUUCAUAGGCUCUUAUGGAGGAGGCGUGAGGGCAAAGGGGCAAAGCCAGAAAACUCAUGUACUCCAGGGCUGCAGCCACCAUAAAUUAGAGCAACCUUGAGGUUGCUCUAAGUUGCUCUAAGAGUCCCAGUUAGUCCUGGAAUUAGGCAAUACAAAGAUGGCCUAAAUCCACAGUUCCUACUUAGUCCUGGGAUUGGGAAAUACAUAGUUGGCCUUAAUCUACAGACUUUCCUGUAGCUCCAGCACUUAUCACUGCUUUGUUGAGCCUGAGGAUCCAGCCCAGAAUCCUCCAUGCUCUUUCCGAGAUGUUGGAAGAGCAUCAAUCUCACACAUCUUUCCUGUUUUAAGGCUGAAAUAGGGCAGACAAUUGCAAUACUUGUAUUAAACACAGUAAAACAGCAAAUGCAUGAAUCAUAUAUAUAUACAUAUAUAUAUAUAUACUGUUCUUGGUUUUAUUGUUCCAUUUGAAUAUUUCUACUGUAAAAAAAAGGCAGUGGUUUUGAAAUUGUUGAAAAUAAAUGUAUUUUUGUACA